AGCCACCAGUCGCGCUUGCUUCGUCUCCUCGCUCGUCACCGUCGACCACCAGUUGUCGACAUGACCCGGCCCGUCGUUUAUUGUCGCCCCUCGGGGUUCAUCACUGCGACCAUCGUCUUCGCAUUGCUGGGACGGGGGGCAGCAAGUAGUGGUGCCGGCGUCUGCAACGGUGUGAAGUUCCGAAACUUCGGCCUCAAUUCGGCCUACCCUUCGCGCCCUUCGGGCGACGAAGUGGAGGCCGUCGUGAUACAAGGCUGUGAGCCAGUCAACACUUUCCAUCUGGUGCGCCACGGGACCCGCUGGGGAAGUUCAAGCGACAACAAGCUGAUUCUUUCACUCAGAGACCUGCAGCGAAAGAUCCUCGACAACGGGAGAGACGGUCGAGACAUUGAUCUGUGCGAAGACGACUUGCGGGCGAUCGCGGAGUGGACGACGAGCGUGGACACGGUGACGUCGUACGGCCUGACGGAGCAGGGGCAGACUGACCAGCUGCGGCUCGGUUCGCGCUUCGGACGACGCUUUCCCUUCCUGAGAGAUUUGGCCAGGGAUGGGAUACUGCUCAAGCACGGAGUGGCGGCGCGGACCAAGGAGAGCGCGGAGUACUUCGGGAGGGGCCUGCUUCGCCAGGACACGAGCACUGAUGGUUACGACUACCUCUGUGACUUCUUUUCCACGUGCCCAAAGUUCGAUGCUCAAUAUGUGAAAUACCUAGUGUCUGGUCCGUACGUCACGUUUCAAAAGGGGCCGGAAAUGUUGGAAAUGAUGCAGCGAGUCAGUACUCGAUUGGGAUUUGAAGAAACUCUAAGUUUUGAUUAUAUUGAAGCCAUGUACACAGACUGUGCGCUAGAAACAGCCUGGAACACUUCAAAGGCCGGCCAUAAACCCGCUUGGUGCUCAGUCUUUCAGGACGAGGACUUCGUUGUUUUAGAAUACUGGGCGGACUUACAAGAGAACCAACGAACGGGUUAUUAUGAUGAAGACUUUCACAGUAAGAUAGGGUGCAAUCCCAUCAAAGAAAUGUACUCAUUUUUUGAGAACGCGAUAGAUGACAAGAUCGCCACUAAAGAAAGGGCGCGCUUUUACUUCACUCAUGACACUCUGUUGAACCAGGUUGUGACCUUCCUUCGCCUUUUCAAAGACUCGCCCCCACUUACCGACUCUUUUAGAGGAGAGAGACAAUGGCACGUGAGCCAUUUCAGCCCAUUCGCUUCUAAUUUCGGAGGAACCCUUUUCCGGUGUGGGGCGAAAAGUGACCAUGGGUCACAGUUCAAGGUCCAGUUUUAUCUAAACGAAUGGCCAAUUGAAUUUGACAUUUGCAACGGUUCUGUGUGUACAUGGGAGCAGGUUACUAACAUUUUCGAGGAAGGAUUAGGCACUUGUGACACAGCAGCAGCUUGCACAGGUCUCGAUACGGUGGUGAAAACUGCAACCUCCCUUGCUAAGAAAAUUUCAGGUAUUUUUGGAUAAGGAUAUUGCUUGCUUGCCGUAGCGCGCCUGCUAUUUACUUGCUUCGUAACAUGACUUUCUGGAUUGUUGGAGUGUGUCUCUUUGAUUCGUUGGGGGUUAAUUAAAUAUCAUAAGCAUCUGCAGGAUCGUUGUUUCAAAAACUAUCGUUGUUCACGUUUAAAUAAAACUAAAACAGAAAUAA